GCUGCCAAACACUGUUGCAUGGCAACAAGUGCAGCUAACAAAUAGUGCGACAUCAUAGGAAGCUGCCUGUACAUAUCAAUGGCAGUUUCUGUUGACACCGGAAGUGCCUCUACGGGCUGCCGCUGGUGAUUAUCGAUAAUCAGACCUUCAUGAAGCAGACUCUCCAUUUGCAACGUACACAUGGACAACAGACUUGGACAAGGAAUGAUGUGUGCAGAGACGAAGGCUGAGCAGAGGAGGCAAGCUGCUCCGGCCAACCAGUGGGAAUCUGGGGAGUCCGACACAGAGCGCCUGGCCCAGGAGAGAGCCUACCAACAUCAGCUACAAAUGCACGUUGGCCACCAUGAUCAAAACAAGUACGCUCUUCCUGAAAAGGAGAAUGCUGAGAGCUUACUGCAGGGAGAGGAGGAGGAUGAGGAUGACACUGAAGAUCUUCAUGUUUAUGAUAGCCUAGACGUAGCAUCCAACCUCCAUACCAAGAGGGGCCCAGCCCUCCAACAGACUGAAUAUUUGGAUACCCAGAUGGAUGAAAGAGGAGGAAGUCGGCUGCUGCCUGAUGACACCUAUUCUGACCUGCGAUAUGACCCCAGCUGGAGGACCAAUGUGAAGGGAAACGGCCGCUUCAUUGAGAGUCCACAGAAUUCUGUUGAGGGAUAUUCCCAAGUCCCUAAAGAGAAAACUUCUCAUUCAUACGAUGACGGACAAGCACUGGGAAAAAAAGGAGGAUACAGAUGCAUUGUUGACAAAAGUCCACCUGUUGUGACUCCACAUAAAGCUGGCAAUAAGUCAGACCAGCCGUUUCGCCUACACCCAGAAGAUGGUUUUACAAGCACGGCAGCAUCUCCCCAAGGGCACAAACACGCUUGUCAGAGUAGGUCACCAGAAGCUCACCUUUCCAAAGCUUCCACUAAAAAGGAAAAUGACAGCAGUUUGCAGAGAGGAAUCAGAGAGAACAAUGAGAGAAGCUUUGACAGUGAACAUUUUAGUGGGUCUCCAAAUAUGAGCGAGGACCUACAUGGCACAGAAUUUAGGAUGCAUUACCAACAAUCGAGAUGUACACAAGGAGGACCCAUCCAGAAAAUGAGCACCUCUGCACUGGCAAACCCAAAUGUUUCAUCAAACAACAAGCUACAAAGCCUGGUGGAGGACAAAGUGAAACUUAACAAAAUAACCCUUGGGUGCAGCAGAUCUAAACAUGGCUCUUAUGUGAGGGUGCAUACACGCAAACAGAUGCCCAAUGUGAGUGAUGUGCAGGAAACUGUUAAGAAGCCGGCUCCAGCAGAGAAUCAGCAGGACAGCUCGGACCCUGAGCUGAGGUUGCUCCAAAAAACACAACAGUUGCGGGUCACCCAGAUCAGCAAGGGGAAGAAAGGCCAGUGUAAAGAGUACCCCAACCCCUCUCGACAGCAGCCCCCAGGUGUGGCGGUCAAAGCUGAGCGGGGAGAUUGUUUGAGUGUCCCAUUAGCUCAAGCAGCUGCUAUAACUCAGCCUGAACCUCAGAACACGACUUCCACACAGCCUUUGCCCCAAACCAUCCACCUCAACAUCAACCUGAACACGUCAUCCCAUCUUCUUUCAUUACUUCAGCAGAGGGAUGGCCAGGAUGCUAUCAUCAACCUAGCUUCUCUGCAUGGUCAUCCUCACUGGAUCCCCACGUCUGAACUUCAACUUGCCUUGACCACAGGAUACCAACCAAAAAAUUAUUCUAGAAAGUCCUUCUUGUCUCGGGAAGUGCUGAAUACACAGCUUCUCCACCGUAACCCGAAGAGUAGUCCUGAACAAUGGCAAAGGACAAGGGCCUCACAGUUGCCACUAUCCUGUGAAAAAGAGGAGCAGACUCGAAGCCCCCUCAGGACUCCUACUACUGCUUCGUCACAGGGCACGGGCUCGUACACUGUUCUUCCAGCUAUAGGAAAGCCCCUGACUGGAGCAGAGCCUGCGCUGAGCCCUUGUCAGAGUGAGAACACAGCCUUCCACAUCCAUAGCAGUAACUCUGACAGCUACUUGGUUCAGAUGGAGAAACAGAAGCAGCUGAGAGCGAGAGUUAAUUGCAAGACAUACAAGCAGAUGAGGACAGACAAGAAUCAUCAAGGUCUGUGUCCUGAUUACGCUGCCAUUGAAAAGACAAAAAUGAAACGGCAGAAGCUGUAUUCAAAUGUGAUCCGCGAACAGAACAAAAAAAUGAGCAGGAUUCCCUUUCUACCAGCCAAGGACCCGGAAGGCAGCAACAACAAAGUUCCCAGGAUAAAGGCCUUAGAAUAUGCCAAGACCAUAGCCAAACCCCCUGUAAAGUCUCAACCAAAACAGAGGCAGAAGUUCAAGACUGAAGACUUCACGGAGCUCACUCCUCAGUGGCAAGGCUCAGAUGUAUCCCUGCUGACCAAACUGGACGUCCUAAGAAAACGGCAUGAGGAAGAAAAGCUGGCUGUGGCCCCGUUCAGAAAAGAGCAUGCUUUCUGAGGCAAUGUGUAAUUCAUAUUAACACUUCACGGAACCUGUACACUUUUAUAUAUACUCCCAGAUGUGGCGCACAGUAUGAUGCGACUUUAAAUUCUCUAGUCCUGAUGUCAUAUCAACAAAUCAGUUUCGUAGAUACACACUGUAUUGUGUUAUUUAAAGGUCACACAAGCUUUUUAAAUGUUAAAGUUGCAGUGAGUAGAAUUUAGUGACAUAAAGUGGUGAUGUUGCAUGUUGGAACUGAAUACCUCACGCCUCAUCCUCCCCUUCCAAACAUGAAGGAGAACCUGUGGUAACCUUCAGUUGUCAUAAAAACUCAAAGGGUGUUUAGUUUGUACAGUCUGGGCUACUACAAGAAACAUGGCGGCCUCCAUAGAGAAGACCUCCCCUGAUGUAAAUUUCAAUUUAAAGGGCCCGUUCUAGGGUAAAUAAAACGAUUUGUAAAAUUUAGACGAAACACACGUGAAAAAAUCACUAGGAUUAUUUUAUAUUAUUUUAUAUUUUAUAUUUCAAUAGAUCCCUUUCAUCUAAAUCUUACACACUGCACCUUUAAAUGGUAUGCAUUUAUAUAGAGCUUUUUAUAGUCUUGAUGGCCACUCAAAGCGCUUUACAGUACAGUUUUACAUUCACACAGUGCAUCUAUUAGCAACACUUUUCUCUAUGAGAAAGGGCAACUUGGGGUUCAGUAUCUUGUCCAAGGACACUUCGACAUUCUGAAUGGGGAAGAUUGGCAUUGAACUGCCGACCUGCUGGUCAGAGGACGACCACUCCAACCCCUUAGCCACAGCAGCCCUGUUUAUUACCACUGUGCCGUGUGUGCUGUUCUCACGUCACAAAUACACCUGAAGCUCUCAUUGUUUAUGGUCAUAAUAAACGGUGAAAUGAGUGAAAGCCUGAUAAUAGAAACACUAACAACAUUCGUUUCUAAUACAUAAACUCUGGAAUGGAUCACACCAAUAUCAAGAAUUCUGGCGAGUCAAUGGAGCCACACAAAUCCAAAUUUGGUCGGAGGGAUGUGCAGAGUGUCAGAGCUGCCAGUGAGAAACAGUGAAUGUAAUUAAAGGAGUAAUUAAAGUUCUCCUUUGCAGUGUUUCUGUCACCACUUAGCUUUUCAUUGAUAAUUGUUUAGAGCUCCAUUCACCCGACUGAGUUAUGUAUCUUUAUCUGUAGUUGAUGCUUUGUGCUUUUACUCCUUCAGUGAUUUUGUUCAGUUUGAUUCUAGUUAACUGUGAUGCACUGUCUUGAUGACAACUACUGCAAUUUAAAAUAGCCAUGAUACAAAAUGCUAAAAGAUAAUAUAGUAAAAUAAUAAUAUAUUAAUGUUUUUCUUGUUCAUAUGAAAAUACCAAACCCCCUAUUGAAAUAUAUUAAGCAGCCCAAACAAAUGCAUCCUAAAUGCAGUUACUCUACUUUCUGAUGGGACCCUUAUCUACAGUACUUGGCAUCUAUAGGAAAGUAAUUAUACGAAAGAAUAUGCACAUUCAUUUUGAUGGAAGUCAUCCCUACCUCAUCUAUAAGAUCAAACGUGUAAAGGCCAGAGUUUUUGCAAUAUAGGUUUGAUACAUUUGAUAAAUUUCAAAAGUUACAUUUUAACACAAUGCUAUUGAGUUGAUGUUGUGAAAUAACCAUGCUCCUGACUCACACUACUGUCAGCAGUUUCUUAGACGUUGUCACUGACAACCUUUUGGAUUUAAUGACACUCAAUCAUCUAGUAUGUUAACAGUGACAAUGAACAAUCAAUCACCAACAGCACUUAUGCUUUUUAUUAUCAUCAUACAGUAUAGUCAAUCAUGCCCACACCCUGUUUUUAUAUAGGCCUAGUGACAGGUGAUUCCCAUGUUCCAUGUUAUUUCAGUCCCCUUAACUAGCACAUAACUGUUCAACCUGCAAUAAUCGGAGUUCUCUAUGUUCUGGUCAGAUUUCUCUGUCUUUGGUGCUACAGUCCUGUAGCAAUGUUCCAAGUAGCAGCUCUUCCCGACACAACGCUCGAGAGCAGCUCAUUUUACUAAUUGAACCCUCAGAUCAUUAUCAAAGCACUAUUUACCUCUGUGCAAUAUUUUAAUUAGAUUAUAGUCUCUAUUUAACCCAUCAUGGACUCUUUGAAGCUCUGCGUUUUUAGUGUUAAGUCCUCAGAUGCGUGGUUGAAAACAAAUGACGAAGCCCUUUUUUAAUUUAAUGAGAACCGCUGCCUAUCCACACUGAGUCUCUUUGCAUCUUUUUUUAUUUUGGUCCCACCUACGCGUUUUUUUGCCAUUGAAAUCCAGUUUAUUGAAGGAGUCUUUCACUGCUAUAAAUGAAGGGGGGCAAAUUAGCAUCCCUUUCUGCCCAUUGGGAAGCUACGGCAGACGUGGGCGCUUUGAUGUGAGAAGUGCGCUUUCAGUAGACUGCAAGCUUCCUGAAAAUGAGCUGAUGGCCCUGCUAUUAGGCUCAAAUGCAGAUGCGUCCAUGUGUUGCAAAACACUUAAUCUUUUAAUUGAUCACCUUCUGCAUGGCCUAUUCUCUACAUAGGGUUUUCACCAUUACCUAAUCAGAAUCGCAGACAACAUGAAUUGCUUCUCAAAAGGCAGCAAGGGAGAGAAAAUCCAGUGUGAAGGUGAAGAGAAGACAGCAGGUUAUUGUGCAACUCUCCAGUGAAUCAUGAAAUAUAUGUCAAAAAAAUAUGUAAUGUAUGUAAUAAAGCUAGUUCAAUAUUAUGAAAUGAGUGUGUCUUUUUCUGUGAGCAGAUACUAUUAUGAAAUCUAUUUUUCACAAUGAAUACUUCCUAUCCCUUCACCCCUCCAUACUUUCAUAUUACUGUUAUGACAACUUUACAAUGCUCGGAGAAC